CGAUAGAUAGAUUGUUCGAUAGCGUUAAAUCCACGUGCCAAAACAACACCCUGUGUCUCUCUUUCGUUGAGAGACGGCAGUCCACCAUAGAAAGCUCCUUCGGGUCCCAAGUGACCUAGCCUCCAUCCAUGGUUCUCGCGACCAAACAGGCAAGACAGGAAGCGCUCCAGGGGACGAGCGAAUGGUUUGCUGGCCUACUUUAGUAAACUUGGUGAUGUGGUCAUUUGGGAACCCCUGAAGAGGAACUACGUCGCGGGUCAACGAAUGGCUCCAAAAUUCCCAACAUGGUGCGUUUGCAUAGUCACAGCGCUGGUUGUGCAUUGUUCUACAGGCUCUGAAACAUGCAAGAUCUGGUCCAGCGCUGGAGAAGUUGUGAAACGAGGCUCCAGUUUUAAGAUUUUCUGCACAUUUCCAUCCACCUGCGAGAUUGAAGUGCAUUUAAGCGAUAACUUGCGCCAAUACGAACGUCAUAAUUCGUCCACCGUGUACAUUGACGCUGUAAACAUAACAAACAGUGCGACGUAUAGCUGCCAGUGCAAGCUCGAACGCUAUCUCUGUGGAAUCGAUAUUCUUGCAGGAUAUCCACCAGGCAAACAUGGAGCCCCAACGUGCAUAAAGAGUGAAGAAAAGAAUAACGGAACUCAUGGUUUUGUGGAGUGUAGAUGGAAAAGCUUGACGAAAACCUAUCUACCCCCUAAUUCUACUCUACGGGUGACGUCUCUGCCCAAAAAACCCAAGAGCAUCCCCGAGACUCGCCCUGGGUCCAUUGAGGGCCCAGGGUCGUUCACGUUCAGGGCUAACUUGAUGGUAGAGAGUUCUGUCCAGAUGAUUUCCGUGGAAGUCCUCGCCCACAACGUGCUGGGGCGGUCAGAGUCUGACACCUAUAACUUCACUCUCAGCGACAUCGUGAAGCCCUCGCCCCCCGUUUUGAACCUAGUGGAGUGCUCCUCGAGGUCCUGUAACAUCACCUGGGGCCACUCCCUGAAGGUCAACCUACAGGUCCACCUACAGGUCCAGUACAGGGAUGUUACGGAUCUGUUGGUUGCAGAGGAGGACUGGCUGAACACCUCAUCUGAGCUGCCCUCCGUCCUUUCUCUAGAACCAUCCAGGAAUUACUCCUUCAGAGCCAGAGCCAAGCUGAACAGUGGACUCUGGAGUGACUGGAGCACACCGGUCCAAAACAGGACUCAGGAGGAAGCUCCCAACAAGGAACUUGACAUCUGGUUUGCCAGGGCCACUUCUCCACCGAACAAGUUGACUGUUUACUGGAAGUCGCUGAAUGAAUCUGAGGCCAGAGGGAGGGUGCUGGGAUACCUAGUCCAUGUAAAUGACAAUCACACGGAAAGCCGAACCACACACAAUGUCAGUGCCAACGACGCACGUUUCUCAGUCGAGUCCUGUGUAAGUUGCCUGGUGACGGUGUCUGCAUACAACUCCAAAGGCUCCUCCCCUCCGGCCCGCGUCCCCUCCCUUUUCAAAACAGCUCAGCCCCCUCAAGAGUUGCAUGUCACUGAAAGCAAGGACAACGUCUCCCUCUACUGGAGAAAGGCAGACCCUACAUUGCAAUCCACUGGCUAUCUGGUUGAGUGGUAUCUGCAAGACCAGCAGUUUGAAAAGCUCCAAUGGAUGCGACUGUCCAGCGCAGAGAGUCAGGCAGUAAUCACAGAGAUUGAUCCAAAUAAGUGCUAUGAUGGAGCGGUGUAUGUCUUCUAUGAAAACGCUUUGGGCAAGGCCAGUUUUACUGGUGUCAACACUCUAGUGUCAGAGCCAACAGGUGCGCCGUCGGUCAACAGGGACGGUGAGGGCCAGGCGGUGACCUUGACCUGGACACAGAUUCCCCGGCAUCAGCGUGGAGGGUGUAUCCGCAGCUACACCGUCUACGUAAAAAACAACAAGGACCCCGAGCACAUGAGUGCUCGCUACCAUGUCCCUGCGUCAGAGCAUCAGUACACCAUCGACCAUCUGCCUCCAGACACCUACAUAGUCUGGGUGACAGCCUGGACAGAAAAAGGCGAAGGACCCCCUGGGGAAACAAUCAAGUUUAUCAUCCAACAGGGAACAAACCCACUCCAUUGGCUGUUAUUGGCAGCCUCUGUGUUCAUAGUUCUUCUGCUCUGUCUCUUCAAGUGGCUAGCAAGAUGGCAAAGGCUGAAGAUGAUUCUAAUAUCACUGAAAGAUGUACCAGAUCCCAUCAAUAGCAAGUUGGCAAAGUCCUUUACAGAUAACAAGGGCAAGAUGGAUCUCCACGUGAACCCCAGCGACUUCUCCUCAGAAGAAGAGGAAGUCAUUGUGAAGUUCAUGGAGAUUCAGAAGGAGAACGACGAAGACUUCGGCCGCUGCGAGGGCCCCACCGACGCCUCCUCUGUCCAUCGGCCUGAUUGGGAUUCAGGGACGGAGCCGCAGACCCCCUACCUCAAGAGUUCUGCCUUGGCCUCAGACAGCUCCGACUACACGCACAGCUCCCAGGACACGGGCACCACCGCCGGCUACAUCGCCUCACAGGCGGAGCAGAGUGUACUGGAGGAAGGGCAGGAGGAAGAGGAGGAGUGUAUAGACCAUUACCCCAGCAAUGUCUUUGAUGAACCCAUCGUGUUUGGGAGGGGGCUGACUCUUGAUGCAGUGAAAAUUGACUGCAGAAACUUGUGGGAGAAUGACGGCUGAAAGGCUGGAACCUAUAUAAACAAGAUGUGUUUUUUAGAGGUGAUGGCUGAACAAACUUUAUUAUUUAAGGCAUGGUUGCAAUUUGAGAACAGGUGGGGCCUGAACCCACCACACACGUUUGGACUCACAAGUGCCCUCUUGGCCGCCAUUGGGGAAAUUAUUAAGGUUAUUUGGUUGCACAAAAGAUCAAAGACGAGUCAACGUAAUCUGCCCCCUUGAAUGUUUUGCAUAAGGACAUUAGUCUGUGAGGAAACUAUUGUUAUUGUACAAAUGUAGUAGAUGUGUUUGACUAACCGUUUGUAGUUAUCCUCAGUUUAUCCUCGUGAAAAAGUUGAGGGAGCUGGAUCCAAGUCUGAAAAAUCGUAUCUAAACAUUAAAUCCGGCAAAUAAAUACACCAACCGUUGUUCAUAUUGAUGAAAAACAGUAGUUUAAUUCUGUGUUCCAUUUACCUACCUGUUGCGGGAUGAGGAUACCUGUUGAGUGUCUACCAACGUAGGCUUCUCUUUGUUCGAAGGAUCGGUGUAGGUGUGAUUUAUCGCUGACUUCCUGGUAAAUUAAAGUGAUGAAU